AUGCAUCUCGGGACGCUUGUUGUGCAUGUCUUGAAAGGCACCGCUGCAUUAUCAUGCCGCCAGGCACCCCUGCCACCAUGCCAAGAGGCAUAUGUGGCAUCAUCUCACCAUGCCGUGCUGUGCAUGUGCUGA